AUGACGGAAAAAAAGCGUGUUUUGAUUCCCGGUGGCGCUGGCUACAUCGGAAGUCAUGUCGCCCUAACUGUGUUGAAUACGCGCAAGUUUCGUGUGACAAUCAUUGACAAUUUCCACAACUCGAAACCAGAGGCUGUGCAUCGCAUUGAGGAGCUUGCGCUCCGUGAGCUGCCGUCUGACGCAAGUGAGCAGGACAAGGCAGACUGCCGAAUCGAGCUGGUCAUGGCGGAUCUGCGUAAUCCGCGGGCCGUAGAGAAUGUGUUCAAAGACCGAUCUGAGCAUGAUCGCAUUCACUCUGUCAUUCUUAUCGGUGCCCUGAAGGCUGUCGGCGAGAGUGCCGAAAUCCCGAUUGACUACUACAAUGUGAAUGUGGGCGGUCUGCUCAAUCUGUUGAGUGCGAUGGACAAGUACGAUGCAAGGAGGCUCGUGUACAGCUCAUCCGCCACCGUGUACGGUGCGCCCGAGACGAUUCCCAUUCCAGAGACAACGCCUAUGGACCCGCACAGCCCAUAUGGCCGCUCGAAGCAGAUCUGCGAGAUGAUCAUUCGCGAUGUAUGCGCGUCCAACCCCGCGUGGCGUGCUAUCACGCUGCGCUACUUCAACCCUGCUGGUGCGCAUCCGUCUGGCCGGAUGGGCGAGGACCCACGGGGCAAGCCAGGCAAUCUCUUGCCUCUAUUGGCACAGAUGGCCGUUGGCAAGUACCGUGAGCCUGGCCUCAAGGUGUUUGGCAAUGAUUAUCCGACACCUGACGGCACGUGUGUCCGUGACUACAUUCACAUCCUUGAUCUUGCCGAGGGCCACUUGAAUGCCAUGGUCGCCUUGGAUGACGACACCAAAUUCGCCGACGCAAAGUAUGGCAAGUGCCGCGCGUUCAACUUGGGCAAAGGCGUUGGUAUGAGUGUGCUGAGUAUGAUUGAGGCUAUGCGCAAGGUCACUGGCUACGAGUUCCCGUAUGAAAUCGUGGCGCGGCGUCCCGGCGAUGUGCCAGACCUGACGGCCAACCCGGCUCUCGCUGAACGCGAGCUUGGAUUCAAGGCGACGCGUUCUCUCGAUGACAUGUGCUCGGACCUAUGGAACUGGCAAAAGCUUAACCCGAAUGGGUACGAUUGA